CAGGGAACAGACACACAAGGGGGUCAAACCUCCACAGAAAGAGAAAUGAUCUCCUUUAAUGCGCACAUGAUAUCCUUCAAAGGCAUUCUCAGUCCAAAUGAAAACACGCAUUGACUGCAGAAAAAUGAACUGUAGUCACUUUCACAUGCAGUACCAAAUAUCAUCAAUAGAUGGCAAUGUGCAACCAUCAAAGAUCCUGAAUGGUGCCGGUAAUUCAGAGGGGUGAGGUGAAAUGAAACCGAUCUUUCAUUUUAAAAGCGCAAUCCAGACAGAGGAGAUGACGCAUACAUUUUUAAACUCAGAGAAAACAAUUGUUGAUUAUCAGCAGCAAACAGUGACUCUCCAUAUGUUUUAAGGGCUAUGGAAUCAAUAUUAGAUAUCAAUAUGGUUUAGGAAACAGCCACUGCUUGUUUCAUUGAUCAAAAAUGAAAGCUUACUAUACAUAUGCACACUCAGUAAUCUUGUUGCCGGUCUAAAGACCACCCCUUCAGUGUCAAUCAAAUUUCUUGAAAGAGAGCAUAAGGAUUCUCUGUUGCAUAAGAACCAAUAGAUUCUCUUUUGCCCACUUAUGGCAACUUCCGCUGAACACUAUCACCUUUAAACACAAAACUAUGAUGCCUCAUUUUUACCAAUGAAGGGCAGCGAAUGACAUCAUGGAAAGAGCCUGCAUUGCUCUGAUUAUGAUAAAUUUGUCUUACAGUCAAGUCAGCGAGACAUUCACUGAAGCAACUUCAUCAAGGGUGGUCCAGCUUGGGGACACCGUUACACUGCACUGUGAUGUGAAACACGAUAAGGAAACCAUAUGGCACGGACAACGCCACGGCAAAGUUCCAUUUAUCAUCAUUGCAGCCAAAGACAAACAUGGAAAACCAGGCGAGACUGAGACCAAAUAUUUCAGAGGCUAUGACCCUCGAUUCAAAACUUUUCCAUUUUCAGCCAAUAACUCGGUCGACCUGAAGAUCGCAAACCUCACCAUAUCUGACCUGGGACUCUACUACUGCAGCACGAAGCCUGAUGUACCUAUGCUCACUGGACUUGGCACCAUGCUUGUUCUUGCAGAGAACUGCAACUUCCCCGCCACAACGGUAUCCAAUGGUUCAGCCAUACCAACAAUUUCUCCUGAGGUCGAGCCCGGGGUUCGAGUGCACUGCUGGAUCCUGAUGGCCAUUUUGAGUCCAGUGUGCAUCGUGGUGGGCGCCCUGCUCUACAGAGCCUACCUCCACUGGAAGCACUGCAGAACGGGGUCAGAAUGUUGUGAGGCACAGAACACAUCCAUGGAUGGAAAUACAGAUGGAAAAGAGGAGGAAGUUGAACCAGAGGUGAUUUAUACAGCAUUAAAAAUCCCAUCAGGAAAAUCAACCCAAACAAGGCGAACGCUGGACACUGAAUAAUGCUGAUAACUGUGGAAAUAAAACUACUAAGGAGUUCUAAAUAUCUGUUACCUAUUUGUCAUUUAUAUGUUUUAAAAAAUAUAUUGUUUUCUUAGUAUAAUUUUCCAUAGGUAAUAUAAUUUUCCUUCAAUAUAUGAUGUAUAUGUAUGUGAUGUAUAGAAGCAAGCAAACAAAAAAACAGAAAUAGGAUAGGAAAAAAUAAUACUCUAUUUCGCAGUUUUUUGACGACUCAAAUCUGGGAAAAAAAAAGUAAUUUGUUAUUUCUUACCGGCUUUUGGCAAGUAUUGUUUUUGAGCUCAAGUGGCUAAAAUGUACAUAAUUUAUCAUCUUUUCUGCCUCAGGACACCGAAUGGCACAAUAAUUGUCUGAAAGAAGAAUAGGUCUAUAAAUUAGUGUUCUGUCUUGCCUUUGUGUAGCACACAAGUGAAAAACCACAGGAAAUAAAAUGUGAGUCAAAGGAGAAAAACCUUCCACGAGUU